AUGACGGACCUCAACAUUUUGAACCGAAGACGAGGAGGUCUCAAAGGACAAGUCACGCGGUUGCUAUCAUUUAUAGGAAGUGAUAUCGACGCAAUGGACUCGACGGAAAUCGAGUGCAAACUUGAACAUGUGCAAGCUCUAGAAACCAAAUUCGAGCAGCUGAAAUUGGAUUACUAUUCAGUGCUGAAGGAUGAGGAAUUGGACGAAAAUGAAAAGAUUUUCAUUGAUCUCGAAGAAGAAUUAGAAAAAAUAGAAGUCGCCCUCAAGCGCAAGUUCAAGCAGCUGAACAACAAUAUUUCCCGCUCCUUUAAUGAUGCACCACCUAACUCAACAAUCAGUAUCCGGCUUCCCGAAAUAUCACUUCCAAAAUUUAACGGUAAAUAUGAAGAAUGGUUCCUCUUCAAAGAACAAUUUAACUCCAUCAUCAAUAGCAACUCUUCCCUCUCAGAUUCACAAAAACUGUAUUACCUGAAAUCAUCACUUAUCGGCCGCGCCAAAGAAAUAGAAACAAUAGAUGAUACCUACCAGUCCCUGUGGAAGGCCUUGACUGAGAGCUCACAUGCUAUCGUCAAUGGUGGAGACCAGUAG